UUUUAGGAAUUAUAACAGUAUCAAAUGUGCAUCAAUUCACACAGCAGCCUUCUUAUACAUUAAAUAUAUCAGCUACCGAUGGUGUUUAUUCCAGCUACGCACAAGUUAUGAUAGAGAUAGAAAGUGCCAACCAUUAUAGCCCCGUCUUCACUCGAACUGUAUACGAAGUUGCUCUAAAAGAACAUCUUCCAAUAGGAGUUUUAAUUGUAACUGUGUCAGCCAUAGAUAAAGACAAAACAGAGUAUAAUAAAAUAGAAUAUGACAUACAAAGUGAAGAAUUAAAAAAUAUUUUUCAUAUUGAUUCUGAAACAGGUGAAAUAUAUACAAAGUUUAGUCUUGAUCGAGAAAAACAACAACUUUAUGAAAUUCCAGUUGUUGCAAUUGAUAAAGGUGGUUUAAUUGAUUAUUGUACCGUUCGAGUUACAAUUACGGAUAUCAAUGAUAAUGCACCACAGUUUUCCAUAGUUGAAUAUAAAGCUAAUAUUCAAACAAACAUGACUGUUGGUACAACAAUUCUUAAGGUACAUGCUACUGAUAUUGAUGAUGGUCCUGCUGCUAUAAUAGAAUAUAGCAUUUAUGAAAUUAGUAAUUCUUCAAUAUCAGACCUUUUCGGAAUCUCUCACAGUCAAGGAGAAAUUUAUUUAAAGAAAUCUGCUGCUGGAUUAGCUUAUCAAGCCUAUCAGUUUUUUGUCCGAGCACAAGACAAAGGUAUUCCAAGACAAGAAAAUGAUGUUCCUGUGAGCAUUGUAAUAUUACCAGCUGAUGAAAGUGGACUUCAGUUAGAAAGCACUAGUUACGAAUUCUUUUUGCCUGAAAAAGCUCCAAUUGGCACUGUCGUAUCAACAUUAGUAGUGACAAAAUCUGAGCCUGUAACUUAUUCUUUUGUACCUGCAAUAGAAGGAUCAGAUGCUCAAUAUUAUCUUUCAAAAUUUAGUAUAGAUGAAAGAGGGAAAAUAUUUUUAAUGGCAUCGCUUGACAGAGAGGAAAGAACGCAAUAUAUAUUAGUUGUAAAAGUUCAGUCGAAAUAUAAUCCUUUAUUUGUUGCAAUGGCUCAUAUAGUUAUUAACGUAAUGGAUGAAAAUGAUAAUGUUCCCAUAUUUGAAUCUAACCCAUAUGUAGCGACCAUAGCAGAAAACAUAAAAAAAGGCUCUACUGUAUUAAAACUGAUUGCUCAUGAUGCAGACAUCGGUCGAAAUGCAGAUAUACACUAUAGUUUUGCAGCAGAUUCUAUGAAGUAUGCAAAUGUGUUUCAUUUAGAUCCCAAGACAGGUUGGUUAUCGACAAUGGUAACUAUGGAUAGAGAAAGUGAACCGUGGUAUAAUUUUACGAUUGUUGCACAAGAUAGAGGCAUAAUUUCUUUUAUGUCUAUGACCAAUGUAUUUAUCAAAAUCAAAGAUUAUAAUGAUAAUCCACCAUUAUUUAAGAGGGAAAUUUAUGACACAGCCAUAAAUGAAGAUGCUCUUCCGGGUACUGUUAUCGUAACUUUAGAAAUUGAUGAUGCCGAUGAAGAAAGUGCAAAAGUUGAAUUUUAUAUAACUGAUGGAAACUUAAGGGAACAGUUUCAAAUUAAACAAACAGGAGAAAUAUAUGUAAACAAACCUUUAGAUAGAGAAGAAGUUUCUCAUUAUUUUUUAGAAAUUACAGUUACAGAUGGUACCUUUGUUAGUAAGAAUCAUGUAUCAGUCGAUGUUUUAGAUGCUAAUGAUAAUCCUCCUAUAUGUUUAAAGCCAAGAUAUAAGGAAUUAGUACUAGAAAAUACCCCUCCUCAAACAUAUAUAUUAACAGUAGAAGCUAAAGAUGCCGAUGAAAGAAGAAAUGCUCAGAUGCAAUAUUAUUUAACUGGUAAAGGUGCUUCUGAUUUUGUUAUUGAUUCAUCAACAGGUAUAAUAAAGACAGCCAAACCAUUGGAUCGAGAAAUUCAAUCAAACUAUUUGCUCAUUGCUCAUGUUCAAGAUAAAGGUUACUUGGAGUGGGAAUGUACAAGCAUUGUUGAAGUAUUGUUAAGUGACAUUAAUGAUAAUCCUCCUAUUUUUACAAAAUUAGUCUAUUCUGUGGCAGUUCCUGAAGAUUCGGAGAUAGGAACACUUCUUGGCAAAGUUCAUGCAACAGAUAAAGAUUUGGAUAUCAAUCGGAAAAUUAGUUAUUCCUUUGUUGAUUCUUCAAAUGACCACUUCAGUAUUGAUCCCACAACUGGGAUUGUACGCUUACAAGAACCCUUGGAUAGAGAAACUAAAGCAAUGUAUAAUUUAACUAUUAAAGCUACUGAUCAUGGACUUUCUCCACUAUAUUCUACAACAACAUUACUUGUUCUUGUUCAAGAUAUAAAUGAUAAUCCGCCAGAAUUUUCUCAAAAGCAAUACUCAUCCAUCAUUUCAGAGAAUGCAUCAGUAGGAACCGAAGUUCUUCGUGUUCUUGCUGCUAGCAGAGACAGCGGCAUUAAUGCAGAAAUUACUUAUUCUAUAUUAGGAGGAGAUGAUGAUAGUUCCUUUUCCAUUCAUCCUAAAUCAGGAAUCAUCACUGUUUCAAAAACAUUGGAUUAUGAAAAAAUACGAGAGUACUGUUUAACAAUUAGAGCUGUAGAUGGAGGUACACCUGCACUGAGUAAUGAAGCAAUAGUAAAUAUAUCUAUAACAGAUACUAAUGACAAUGCACCUCUUUUUAAUCAACCAUCAUAUAGAACAAUAAUUAGAGAAGAUGCUACGAGUGGAGAUAAAAUAAUUCAGGUUAUGGCUAGUGAUGCAGAUAGCACUUCUAAUGCUAAACUUUAUUACGAAAUCAUUAAUGGAGACCGUCUAGGUCACUUUUCUAUUGAUAAUCAAUCCGGAUAUAUUAGCGUUGCAGGAAAUUUGGAUAGAGAAAUGAUAUCAAAUUAUGUGUUGGAAAUUAAAUGCACAGAUAGUGGAAAUCCACCCCUUUAUAGUACUGCACUAGUUAAUGUUGAAGUCUCUGAUGUUAACGACAAUGCACCUUUGUUCUCUCAAAUGAAUUAUACUGCAGUUGUACAGGAAGGAAAGCCUCUUGGUUUUAUGGUGUUGAAAUUUUCUGUUAUUGAUACUGAUGCUCCACCCAACACUAGUCCGUUCAUAUUUACUUUUCUUUCUGGAAACGAAGAUAAUGCUUUUCGACUUGUACAACACGAAGCGAGCCUACGGACAGCAACCAAAUUUAAUCAUAAACAUCACGAUAAAUAUUCUCUUCGUAUUCGUGUUACGGAUAAUGGUAUACCACCUCUUUCGAGUGAAACUUGGGUUAAUGUCGUGAUUAUUGAAGAGAGUCAGUUCUCUCCUAUAGUAAUGCCGUUAGAUGUUUCUGUAAGUUCAUAUUUGGAUGAUUUCCCCGAAAUGGUAUUAGGUCGCAUUCACGCAACAGAUAAAGAUCCUUAUGACAAACUUUCAUAUGAUAUUGUCUCGGCUCACAAGCGUCUUUUCCGGAUAGAUCGUGAAGAUGGCACAUUGGUUGCUUUUCCUGGGUUAGAUGUCGGAACAUAUAACCUCAACAUCAGUGUGAGUGAUGGAAAAUUUAUUGCAUAUUCUUCAGUAUCAAUUAAUGUUGGAAUAGUUACAGAAGAAUCUUUGAAAAAUAGUAUUGGUGUUCGUUUAAACAGUGUCACACCUGAAGAUUUUGUUCUUACAUAUCGAAAGGGAUUUUUGCGAGGUUUGAGAAAUAUUUUAAAUGUACGAAUAAAAGACAUAGAAAUUAUCAGUAUACAGCCAUCAGACAGCAAAAAUGGUAAACAAAAACGAAACACUCCUAGAGAUUUAGACAUUCUAUUUGCAGUACAUAAAGGUCCUCGUACAUAUUAUCCUCCAAAACUUGUGCAGAAUAAAUUAAAAGAAAAGAGAACUGUGUUAGAAACAAGCACUGGAUUAAAGUUGAUAAAGAUUUUUGAAGACCGCUGUACAGGUUCCCAUUGCAAUCAUGGAAAAUGUGAUGAUCAUUCUGUCUUGGAUGAGAGUGAUGUUAUAAGUGUUACGACAGAAGGAUCGAGUUAUGUUUCAUUACGCCAUAAUUGGAAAUUAGAAUGCAUAUGUGAUCCUGGAUUUGGAGGUCCAAAGUGUGAUCAUCCGAUCAAUGAAUGUUCUCGAAAACCUUGUCCUUCUCAUAGAAUGUGUGUCCCCGAUUCUUCUCCUUUAGGAUAUGCCUGCCAUUGUCCUUCCGGGAAAACUGGACCAUUGUGUGAUCGUGAAAGAACAAACGUUUGCAAUAGUCAAAUGUGUUAUGAGGAAAAAAAUCCAAUCUCAUUUAAUGGGAGAACUUAUGCCCGCUAUACAUUGUCGAAUCCAAUUGAUCGCCAUUUGAGUGUUGCUUUACACCUAAGAACUGUUCAAACAACAGGAAAUAUAAUGUUUGCCGCAGGUGCACGAGAUUACAGUAUUUUAGAAAUUGUCAAUGGUUUUGUACAGUACAAGUUUGAUUGUGGAAGUGGAGAGGGAUUAGUACGAGUAGAAAAUCAGAAAAUUAAUGAUGGUAAUUGGCACGAAAUUAGAGUUGAGCGCAGAGGAAAUACUGCCGAAGUAAUAGUCGAUAAAAAGUUUCGUGUUACUGGAAGUGCUCCAGGAAUUCACGAUAUACUGAACUUAGACGGAAGUGAUGUUUACUUUGGUGCUGAAGUUAGACCCCAUCCAACAGCUACAGGUUAUGAUGAUGUAAGAAUGGGAUUUGCUGGCUGUAUGGAUAAUCUCCGCAUUGAUGGUAUUUUGUUACCUCUUCAUCAGAGUGGUAGCAGUAUUGUUGCAACAUUGCGCAGGUUUGUUAACGUAGAAUUUCAUUGUCAUUCUCUGUUUGAUCCCGGUGUCUGUGGUUCGCAGCCGUGUCGCAAUGGUGGAACUUGUAUUCCUUCUGGAAAGAGUUUUACCUGUUCCUGUCUUCCCCGUUUCUUGGGUGCUCAUUGUGAACUUGAUACUAAUCCGUGUGAAUCGAGUCCUUGUCUAAAUGGUGGAAUAUGUCACAAUUUACAUAAUGACUUCCAUUGUGAUUGCAUUUCGGGUUUCAAUGGCAAAAGAUGUGAUUAUGGACGUUACUGUAAUCCAAAUCCUUGCUAUAAUGGUGGAGUGUGUGAAGAAGGGACAAACGGUCCUAUAUGUAAAUGUCAUGGAUUCCAUGGUGAUGUUUGUCAGUUUGAUCUCAAUGAAUGUCAAGCUAGUCCUUGUGCUAAUGGUGCCACAUGUAUCAAUAUUCAUGGUUCAUUUCAUUGUCAAUGUCCACCAAACAUGACAGGACCACUCUGUACAGACAAUUUGUUUACAAAUUCGAUUACUUCCACUACAUGGAACACAACCAUUGAAGAAAUAAUUGGCAUCACUGUUGUUGUGCUAUUCAUUUUGCUAAUGGCUGUGGGACUAGCAUGCUAUUGGAGAUAUCGCCACAAGAGAAGAAGAGGUCGUCCAAAUAAUCAGCCUGGAGAUGAUCCGGCUAUUAAUGAAUUCAUGUUAAAAAAUCCAAUGAUGGAAAAAGACAAUAUAAAAAGACUAAGUAAAAUUAGCAACUUAGAAGCAAUUACUACAUUUACAACUCCCCCACUGCCACCCCGUCCAACGUCAUACACUCCCAGCACACAGGAAACACUAAACAAAUUUGAUACUGUACACAGCUAUGGAAGUGUUGGCGACGAUUUAGAGAACAUAUCUCGUUACCGAAGUGGUCUCCUUCAAAAUUUAAACAAGGCCAGUAUUCCUCCCUCACUACCACCACCCCCGUCCUCUGCAUGUGCCUCUGACUCUGACUCCUUGCUCAAAGGUAGUUGGGACCAGGAUCUGGCCACUAAAGAAAAAAUUUAUGAGGAUAAAAUACAAAAUGAUCUCAAUCCUAUUAAACCAAUUGAAGUUGCAACACCUGUGGUACCACUUAAUAGUUUAACAAUGCCACCAAAGCCUUCUCAAAAAAAAGGAAACAAUACAGAAAUGCCGUCCAUUCUUAGUUUAGGAUCUGUGGAUGAUUUACCAGACAAUAACAAUGAGGAUGAGAAGAAGAAAAACCAAGGGUAUCAUUGGGAUUGUUCAGAUUGGGCAUCAGCUUCACAGAAACCUGUUGCCAAUAUUACAGAAGUUCCAACAAAUGAGAUCAGAGAUUCCUCCAGUGCCAAAAGCACAGAUUCGAAUAGUUGCAUUAGUCAAAUAGAAUUAUUACCAUCUCGUUUACAAAAUGAGGGUACAAAUAUAAAUCUCUUAAGAAAUGUAGAACCGUCUCCAUGUGAAGAACUCGAUCUUCCCGAAUCUGAAUACGUAGGCGAUUCAGAAAACAGUGAAUAUCCGGAUAUUCGAGAUGCUGAACCGCCAAAUUUCGAAGAUAUUUUAGCAUUGAAUAAUUUAGAAUUUGCGGAUGAAGGAUGCGAGAGUCUUCCUUCGUCUCCGUUAAGGUACCAAAGCCAUCCAAACCAAUAUCUUCCAAAACAUUCGCUCGGAACCAUACCCAGCCCCGAUCAUUCAUGGACAACGCAAUCUCAAUUUAGAAACAUUAGUGACAUAUCGGAUGAUGACAUCGUCGCUUAUGGAUUUCCCACUCACGGUGGUCGGGGAUUCAGAUUGGAUGCAGAAUUAGGAACAUCUCCACCAAAUUUUCGGCAUUCUUCGGGUCCUAUGGAUUGUAUAUCUGCAAGUGGAUAUACUUCUACAAAUGCAUCGUGUUCGGAUAUUUCUGCAAAUGUUUGUGAUAUCGAAGACAGCGAAGUCAAUUUUAGUGACACAGAUUGCGAAAUAUUGGAAAAUAAAAAAGUGGUUAAGAAUUGUGCUCCAUUGAUAACAUAAAAUUUUGCUUUUCUUUUCCAACUUGUUACGUCGACGAUUUCUACUAAUUUUACUGUUGGACCUAGUUUGUUAGCAGUUUGAAUAACUGUAGUGAACUCAUCAAUAAUAUAACAUUAGUGAUAAUUAUAUUGUAUCAAAAACAAAUAAUUUCACAUAUUUAUGAUGUGGUUUGAUAAAAAAAAAAAAACAAAACAAACUACAA